UGAAAAACUUAGCUACCACUAAGAUGUAAAUAAACACGCACCGCACGUCGCGUCGCACGCGGUGCUGUGGUUAGAAGUAGAUACCAAAUCAUUAAUCAUGAACAUGUGAUUGACGCCUUGAAUGUAGCAUUAUAACUAUGUCUUUAUAUUGAUUUCUCAAUAUUUUUGAAAGUUUCCUAAAAUGGCUUCAAAACCGCAAUUUGAUUCUCGCCUGGGUGGCGACAUGGAAGUCCCGAUUGAAGUGAAUACAUUGAAAUUUGCUUCAGCCCGAGCUCAAGAAAUAGCUGCUUUAAGUCAAGCUUUGGAUGAAGCGAAGACAGGGAAUCUAAUUUUCCAGCGGUUACCUCGUCACAUGCGUCGACGUGUAAUGAGUUAUAAUGUCAAACGUAUGCCCAAAGGCCUGAGAGCAGCAUAUUCUCAACAGCUUUUAAAGAACUCAGGUGGGCCUGUGACUAAGCACAAGACUCCAAGCAGGAAACAUAGAAGGAGGCCUUCAAAUUUGCUUGAUGAGUAUAAUAGGCGUCAACGGUCCUCAACCUGGCUAGAAACUCAUAUAUGGCAUGCUAAAAGGUUUCAUAUGACCGAGCGUUGGGGAUAUCGCCUUGCACAUUUUCCAAAUGACCGCAGUUACAGAGCAUGUUAUAGGGCAGCUGCCAAUCACUGCCUUCUUCAAGAUAUUUCAUUCCUUUGUUGCAUUGAGCUGAUUGGACCAUUCCAUACUCUUGUGUCUGGACUUUCAAGACACACCAGUUCAAGUUGUGGUUUGACAUUUGCUGCUGUGUCACUUACUGGUGGUUGCAGGGAAGGAGAGAUAAUGUUUUAUGAAGAUGGAAAAUAUCCUUACAAGCCCAUUGGGACUCUAUUGUUCUUUUGGAAACCAAACGACACACCCACCUCAGAUGAGCGGAGUCUGUGGUUGUGGGCUCAUCCCUCAUUUUAUCAACAUGUAAUCAGUGCUUUAACUUCUACCUUCCAUCUGCACAUCGUAACUUCAAAGGAUUUGAUGCCUGUAACAGAAAAUGAAAUUUCACAAAGUGAAGAGUCUACACGACCACUUAAACGGAUGAGGAUCCAGACUGAAGAUAAAAAGCCAAAAAAUGUUGAAGAAAUUAAGCUUGCCACCCGAAAUGUUCCUUUUGAAAGGACUCCAAAAUACAUAAGUUCAUGUGGAAGUGUUCAAAUGAUUCUCUUAAAAGAUACACUCAACCGGUUUCGAUUGACAGGGCCACUGUCCCAGGCAGUUUUACGAGAAGCUUUACAGCUUGUAAAUGAUGAUACGCCUCACUGUGAUAAAACCAUGUCCACAGUUCUUGACCCUGACAAGGAUGGAGAAAGUCACCACAACUUUUGGCACUCUAUUUCAAAUGUAUCCUCCCCUGCUGAGUUGCCACCCAAGAUUAUUCUCUCAUUAUUGGUCAAGGACCCAAGACUUCAAAUUCCUGACAAGAGGACCAAGGCAGUUGCCCAAACUUCAGCUCAAGAUGCUCCCUGUUCUCCUCCUCCUUCUAAUUCUAGUCGCAUUUGGUCUUCCCAUGUCCGAGACACCACUACUCAAUCCAAACUUUCGACUGCAGAACUGAAUAAGUUGAGGUCAAAAAGUCUUGUUCCCGGUCUUUUGCGAAUUUCUGAUGAAAACGAAGAAUCGAUAGGAAAUGCCAACAUUAGUACCAGCCUCGCAACCUCAGUAAAAACUGAAAUUCCUUUGAUUCUCAUUCAGAGACCUGGCAGCAAAAACCCCAUGGAAAAGCGAUUAGGGUUUGGAUGUGGUUGGGAUGUGAUUUUGCCAGCUGGCUGGGCUAUGCCAUUUUGGUUAGCUUUUGUUUUCCGUAGUGCAAGACCGGCAGGCUUGCGAGAAGCUUCCUCUCAUGAAUUAGAGAGAGGAAAAUGUGAGUUCUUGCCUCCUGAUUCCAUUGCGGGAACAGAAGAAGCAUGCCGGACAGGAAAGGAGUUGAGGGAAAAGUACUUUAGAUUGCCUCCAGAUAAAAGACCAAACUACAUUAAAUUGGGUGUAGCGUGUCCCUUCCAGUGUCAGUGGGGCCAUUUAAUUAGGGAUUGGUCUGCUUCCCAGGAUCAGCCAGUUCAACAUCUGUUUGAGUCAUGUUCAUCUUACUUUGUGUGCAGAGAUUUCAAAAAGCUAGAAGAAAUACAUAAUUUUAUCAUGGAAACAUGGUCAACUUUGACAAAGAAGUUGCCUGAUUUGAAUAAUGGAACUGUAUUGGGAAACCAUUUGUCCCAUUUCCCGACUUUCCCAAACCAAGACCAAGCUCUGUUAACAGUUCGUGUUGAAGCAUUGCACAGGGGAUUAACAGAUGACUUAUCUCUGAUUUGUAUUCCAUCAUCUGAAGAUGUAGUUAAUUUACUGAAGGAUUUGAAGAUAGAGCCAAUAGAACCAUCAAACGUUGACAAAAAUCAUGAAGUAAGACAAAAAAUGAGGAAAGACCAUAAAAGUGAGCUGGUACGCUUACGUAGGCAAAGAGUUCGCUCUAAAAGAAAUGCAGAGAAUGCGAUUAGUGAUCAGGACAUUACCAGGAGUGUUGCUGCCAAAGCAAUUCCCCACAAGUCGAAGCUUUCUCCAACUCAGGAUCUGGUAUCUGCAUACAACAAGAAAAUGGAGGAACUUUGGUUACUUAACACCAAUUCUCUUGGCUCCAUCAGAAACUCAUGCAGUAGGGAAGUUGCCGGGUUUGUGCAGAAAGGUGAUUUUUGCUUCACAGAAGCAAGAGGUUGUGGUGUGGGAUAUAUCACUUACUCCUCUCUACAGUGUAUGAUGAUGCUCUGGGUCAAGUCUGUCCCCCCUUACCCACCCUCAUCUUUUAAAAGUAGAGGUAUCCCAGUCCUCAUACGCUCUCCUCAAAGUUAUCAGUACCGACUGGCAAAAUUAAGUCUUGUCAUUAAUUAAGUAAUAAUUACUUACUUAUUUCAAAUGAGUGGCAAUUUUAAUGCAAGACCUGUCUUGAAUUGUUAAUGCACUCCUUAUGUGUGAGUUUAUUCAAUAAUUAUUGUGAUUCACAGAUAAAUAAUAAUCAAAACUUAAUCAUCA